AUGGCAUUAGCUAUCGCCGCGGAGUUCGCCCCGGUUGUGACAGUUCUUUCGGGGCUUGCGAGCUUCACAAACUCGGUGAAGAACAUCGCAAACAGGGCCCCAGCGGAGCCAAAGGCCUCGCUCAAGAACAACAAGGACCGCUGGCUCGUCUGCACCGUCGAGAACAAGACCGACUUUCCCAUCUUGACCAUGGCCAGCUUCUUCUCUUCAGGGCGGUACGAUGACCCACCGAAGCGCAUCGAUCCGUUCUCAGUGAUGACGUUCACUUGUUGCGAGGGAGACAACACCGUCAUGCAGGGAGUGACCGGAGGCCACUCCUUCUACAUCAACGUGGACCACAACAAUCACUUCUACCUUGGACUUGGAUUCUGCAAUCCAUACAUAGGCGGGUACAAGGCUAGCGUGUACAAGCCCUCCGCUAAAGAGGUCAAGGACAUUCAAGAGAGUGGGAAAGCCCAGAAAACGGUGGCUGAGAAAGCUUACGACAACUGCAACGAGAAUGGUAACAUGAUCACGUCUGAAUGGUAUCGCGCAAAGGAUGUGGACAAGAAGGACGUGGUGUUCCAGUUCCAGGUUUCUGCCAGUGCGGGAGCUAAGCCGGUAUACACUAUCAAUGAAGUUCGAGAAUACGUCGAUGAGAAGGAGCAUGAGAGCAUUGUCGGCAACAAUUAG